UAUCAUUUCACCUGAGGUGAUACUAUAUACACAUGACAUCAGGACAAAGAUAAUUCAGUUGUCAUCCAUCAUGCCCCGCAUUAGAUGGAUAAAGUUAGUGGUUGCGAUCUGUAUCAGCACUUUGUCUAGCACAGAUUGUUUGGAAUGUUACAGUUGUACAAACAUUGAAGAUGUGAACAGUUGUAGAAACACAACACAAUGCCAAUUCGGCCAGGCAUGUUUCCUCGAACUUAAACAUGUAGCACAAACAGCAGUGUACACGCUCGGGUGUAGGGACAAUCAGUACUGCGUGAACCCAGCAGUAGGAGGAAGUGCUGGCCUUGUUGGACGGGACAUACAUGUACGACAAAUACAUGAUUGCUUUGAAUGCUGUAAUACCGAAAAUUGUAACAAGCAUCUUUGUGAACACCCAAAACCAUCCGCUUGUAUCGACGACCCAAAAGCAGAUUGUCCGUGGUUAAACACUGUAUUUAAUAUUUGCAAUGACACUCAUCACGCUAAAACCGAAUGUCCAAAGUUCUGUGGCUUGUGCACUCUAGUCGAUGGAAAUUGGGCAGCUUGGACAACCUGGUCACAAUGUGAUGUCACGUGUGAGAAUGGCACCCAAGUUAGGAAAAGAUCUUGUACGAACCCGGCACCAGCUGAUGGAGGUCUAGACUGUUUAGGAGACAGUAUUGAGAAAAAAGUAUGUGUGAAACAACUUUGUCCAGUUCAUGGAGGAUGGAGUAAGUGGUCACACUGGGAAUCUUGUCCAGUAACUUGUGAUAUCGGAAUUCAAAGACGACAUAGAAAUUGUUCAAAUCCUUACCCAGACAGAUUUGGUGACCAUUGUUUUGGUGAUUCAAUGGAUGACAAGAUAUGUACGCCAGGACCUUGUGCCAAUGGAGGCUGGUCACCAUGGGAUGUAUGGGGCACGUGUAGUAAAACAUGUGGUGUUGGACUUCAAUCAAGGUAUAGAACGUGUACAAACCCUUAUCCGUCUACUCUCGGACAAUCAUGUGCUGGAAAUAAUGUUCAUGUCCAAACAUGCAACACACAGUCAUGUCAAAAAGAUCCAGUUAUUGCGUUUGAAAGCAGUAAGUUGGAAAAUGAGACCUUAAAAGAAGGCGAGGUGUACGUGUUCACGAUAACGUUGAUGAAUAUAGGUGACGGGUACGACAAUUUGACUGGUAUAUUUACAGCUCCGGUAACUGGCCUAUACUCGUUUUCCACCCAACACUGUUUAUCUUACUCGAGAAACAGUAGUUCCAGUAUUUUCUCUUUUGUCGUCAACAAUAAGGAGAUUAAAAACAUCAUGUUCGAAAACUCGGAGCACGUAUCAUGCGGCACCUUUGAUGCUUUAACACAUCUAAAAAAAGGCGACCGGUUUUGGAUCAAGUGUACCAGUGAGUCGAGUUUGUAUGAGGACCUAGUCCGCUGGAACACGUUUUCUGGAUUUCUUAUACACACAUAGAGUUCUGGUUGUCAAGGUUACCGUUUA